AAAAUAACGCAUAGAGAUGAUGUCAACACAAAACUGACAUCAACGUUUUGGUUGACGAGCUGAUAGCUUUAGAUUAUUCACAGAAGUUUGUUGAUGAAGAGGAUGCCAACAGCUUAAUUUGCCAUGUAUGCAGAAUAAUACCAGUUUAUGAGGAACAGAUAUCAGUGAAAGUGUGCCAGAUUAUACACAGCCUGACGGCAAAACAGCAACUGUCACUGGAGGAUGAGGUUCUAUGGAACGCCACAGAUUUCCUGGUGAAGGCGGUACAGAGGAUAUCCCACUGGGCCACCGCCGAGAUUCUCCAGUCACUGGGAGCUGUGGUGUAUGAAAAUGUGGACAGAUUAGCUCAGUUUCAUGAAGUGCUACUUGGGCCUCGAGGGGUUCUGAUUCCACUGAUUAAAGAAGAUGCCACCAGUGAGGAUAUUCUUAAAGGAGCGGUUCAGUGUGUGGAGAACCUGACUUUCAGAGUGUCCAGUGAGGAAUAUAUGGAUGACAGAUAUGCUGCCCUGUGUUUCCAGAUUUUAUUGGAACUUUUACAUAGAGUACCUGUUGCUAACAUGGAGCCAGGAACACAGUGCAAGAUUUUGAUUUGCAGUUUGAGAGGGCUACACAAUUUGUUGACAGCAACCAAAAUAAUGCCAUCUGAAAACCUGGGACCAUUGUUAGCUGGAAUUAGGGUGUUUAUGUUUCAUGGUCUGCCUGGUGCUCCAGUGGCUGUACCAGAGAGUCUAUACCCCACCCCCCUCAGUCAGUAUGACCCCUCCCCAUCAAGCCCCACAAAGUCAGAGCCACAGACUAAUGACUCCUCAGCAAAGUCUGGAGGCGUUAAAAAGUACAAAAAGAAAAAGGCAAAGAAAGGAGCAGAAACAAAUCGGAACACAACCUCAAAAUCACCACAGGAGAGGGAGGAGAAUGAGAAUGAUGAAACAGAGAUGACAAGAGCUAAAGCUGCAGAGGCAGUAUCUUCCAGACCCAACUGGGCAAAAAUCAGCAGUUCAGAGUCGGAGUAUUCUGACACUGAGGGAGGUCAGACUUCAAGGUUGAGGUCACUGCAUGCCAAAGUCAGACAAUGUGCCCUGGCUUGUUUGCACACAACGAUAAAGAGCAUCAAUAAGCGAGUAAUGUUUGGAUACUGGUCGUCAUUCAUACCUGACUCCACGGCAGCUGGUAAUAGUCCUCAAGUCCACACACUUUUUACCGUCAUUCUGAAAGAUCCCUCACCAAAGUGCAGAAUGGGAGCUCUUGCAGCUUUGACAGCUCUUAUUGAUGGCACAAAAACUCUGCUGGCAACUGCUGAUGACAGUGACCAGAAGUUUGCCACAUUUGUUCCUUUUUCGGCUGUAUUGGGUUCUACAAUAAGAGAGCUCCACCGAUGUCUUCUGCUAGCGUUAGUCUCCGAGAAUAUUCCUCUGACUCUAACACAGCUUAUCAAGUGUGUAUCCACCCUGAUUACCAAUGUACCUUACUCGAGGAUGAGACCAGGGCUACUUAGUCGGGUUGUUAAACAAAUCAGAAAUUUCAUUAGCUAUAGGGAUCCUAAUGUGAGAGUGGCUUGCUUGACAUGCCUAGGAGCUGUGGCAGCCAUACAGCCCCCUCUAAUGGAGGUCUGUCACAUCAUCCAGUCAGGCCGUCCGCACAGUCAGACAAGUGUCAGUCGCGACACCAACCCUCAUCUGAGUGGAGACUCGGGAAUCAGCAGUGGUAACCAGAGUAACUGUUCUCCUAAUGCUGAAGCAGGCAUGAUGGAGGAGGUCAAGGACAUUCAAAACUCAUCCCCAGGAAUGGGGAGCCCUAUGGGUUCAUCCUCAGGGGUCCAGACCCCAGUGUUCUCAGACAUGAGUCUACAAGCUUCUGCCCACAGUGUAUCUUGGCUGGUGAAGUUAUGUGUGAGGAACAUACUGCCCAGUGUGGGGGAGAACGGAGAACAUACGGAGCCUCUACCUGUAAGACUGGAGUCCUUACAAGUCCUAGCUCACCUGGGCAAAGGAUACUUCCCAAUAAUCAGAAACAGUCUACCUGUCCUACAAGAUCUGAUUCUCAAGUGUUAUGCUGAUCCAGAUCCUGUGAUUCGUCUUCACACAUCAAAGCUUGUGGAUGAUCUGACUCAAGCUCUUCAGAGAGAAGUACAGGCAAGGGAUGCAACAGAUUCCUCAGGCAGAUUAACUCUGCAACAGGUGACAGAUUUCUGGAUUUCACUGUUGAGUAUAGCCAUUGCUAACAUUCUCCAGUCCGAGCCAAAUUGUGCAGUGAAGGCCACCACCUGUGACUGUGCCUCCAACAUAGGACCAGAAGUUUACGCUGCCCUACCAAUUGACAAAAGGGUGUUGUGCAUCACCUUAAUUCUGGGAUUAACGUCAGAUGAAGAUAAAAUAGUACGAUCCUCGGCCCUUAGGACCAUUGGAGUGUUUGUACUGUUUCCUUGUCUUAGAGAGGAUGUGUGCUUUGUAGCUGAUGCUGCUAAUGCUAUCUUGAUGUCUAUGGAGGACACCUGUUUGAAUGUCCACUUUAAGACUGCCUGGUCCCUAGCUAACCCCUGUGAUGCUCUAGUCUUAAACAAGAUUGAUGGUGAUAAUGACUUCAUGAAUGACUUCUCUGACAUGCUGCUACAGAAGCUGUUUAGUACCUCCAUAAAGGCCUGUCAGGACAGUGACAAAGUCAAGUCUAACGCAGUCAGAGCCCUGGGAAAUAUCCUCAGAUAUCUACCAAUCAGGAGCCUCGGCAAGAGUUCUUUCAGAACAUCUGUAGAGGAUGGAGUCAAAGCAUUAAUAAAGAACAUCAGCAGUGGAACAAUGAAGGUAAUAUGA